AUGUCGCUUGUGGAUGUGUCACAGGAGCCCCGUAAAUGCCGAUGGUCUACGCGUGUAAUCCGCGCGACCAAUUACAUAAAAAUCAUGAACAAUAGACAAAAAGCACAAAUUGCAGAAUGGCUAGAAGUAAUUGACUAUGAAAGCGUAUCUUCUGGCGACUCUUCGAUUUCUGAUGAAGAAGUGCACAUUCUUCCACAAGAGAACAAGCCUACCUGCGUCGGCUACCCGACCCACUACUCACUGCUGAGCUCAACCCAGCUUUUAUUGGUGAGUGUCUAUGAACGUAGUCAUUUCACGCGACGGCGGCGCUGGAUCGCGAAGUCCCCGCCGGCGGGAGACGCUCGCUGGGCCGACGUGCACGUGGCCUCGUCAUUACUGAAGGCCUACCUGCGUCGGCUACCCGACCCACUACUCACUGCUGAGCUCUACCCAGCUUUUAUUGCGGCGGACCGGUCACCAGAGCGCGCGCGUCAACUACGGCGGUUAGUGCGCGCACUACCGGACGCGCACUACGAGACACUAAAGUACUUAGUGCAGCACCUACGCCGCGUGGUGGCGCUGGCGCCGCAUAACAAGAUGGAGGCACGCAACUUGGCCAUUGUGUUCGGGCCGACUCUUGUGCGAGCCGCGAGCGAUGACAUGCUCGCCAUGGUCAAUGAUAUGUCCAGCCAGUGCCGCAUCAUCGAGUCCUUCUUGACGCAUUACGAUUGGUACUUCGAGGAGGAGGAAGGCGACCCGCCGCACGACCCGCCGCCGUCGGCCGAGGAGCUGUCGCCCGCGCCGGCGCCCUCGCGCGACCUGCUCAUACAUAAUGUUAAGAAAAUUGAAGGUAAAGACGUAUCAACCCGCGACAUCGUAUCUUCAAUAAUAUCGGCUGCCAACCGCAAGAUUCAGCGCAAGCCGCGCUCCAAGACAGCCGACAAGAAGUGGGUGGAGCCCGACAAAAGCCGCGCGGAGGCGUCGCCGGGCGCUUCGCCCCCGCGAUCGCCGCUCACGUCGCCGCCGGCGCAUCUGACAACGUCAUUAGCGGAGUACGACGGCCUGCCGCACAGAUACUCCGGCCAGCACGAGAGUGUUAACAAAAUCGAAAUAGAAACAAUGGCAGCGUUAAGAAGCGGGCGCAAUGAAACCUUCUCCAUAGAUGGGGCCGGUGACCUCGUGUCGUCUCUGACCAGCACGUUCGACCAGAAACUGCGGACGCUGAACAACUCGUCGCCGCUCGACGACGGCAGCAUCCCGUACGCGGACGAGUGCCAGGAGGAGCCCGAGGAGGCCAAGUCCAGCGACAGCGGCUCGCGGUCCGACGCGUCGUCGCGCGCCUCGCCCGCCUCGCCCGCGGCGCGCGCGCACGAGCUCAAGGCGGCCUGGCUCGCGCGGGACACGCGCCACUCCUCCUCCAGCAGCGACGAGCCCGAGCGAUGGCCGCGCCGCCGCCGCGACGACCCCGACGACUCCGAGAAAGAAAACUGCGCCGUCGCGCCCGCGCCCGCCCGCGAGCGCGCCGCCUCGCCGCCCGGCCGCGUGUUGCGCUCCGAGAGCCUCAACUGCCGCGCCGCCGACUGGCCCGGCGUGCGCCGCCGCGAGCCCGCCAGCCGCUCCACCAAGCUCAAGCGCAAGAACGGCAUGCCCGAGCGCGGCAUCAAGCGCCGCCACACCGUCGGCGGCACCAAGGACUUCGACAAGGACGGCUGGAGCGCGCGCCACACGCGCACGUCGUCGCCCGACCUCACGGCCGGCGCCUGGCCGCAGCCGCUGGUGCCGCCGCCGCGCCCGCCGCUCGAGUCGCACGUGUGACCCGCGCGGGCCCGCCCACGAGCCCGGCACUCGCACUCGCUCUGAGGCCGAGUCGGCGGCUCGCACUCGGCUGGUGCUUCGACGGAUUUCUUUUGUGUGCUCCCACGAGACGCGCCUCGCCGGCCCGGGCAGGCCGCGGGAGCGUCGCGCUCGUUCUGCUGACCCUCACCUUGACCGGUACCGAAACGACACUGACGGUUCGACGCUUUCGACCAGAGAGAGGCUAUUAUUUUGAUUUGAUUCAAUCGACUGAGUAGAUUAGGUCACAAAUAUUCAUAGAGCUAUACCUGUUAUCUAAAUAUACAAACGAAUACUCAACUCGUGUAAGUCAACGAUGAACGAUGUGAAUUUUAAAUUCCCUGUAUUCAAAUCUUCAACUUUAUCAUGUGUAACGAAGCGUAGGUUAAUUUUAUGUAUGAUAAUAUACAAAGCGAAAGUGAUUCAUAAAUUUUAUUAUAUUAACAGUGCAAUACGGUUAACGUCGUGUAGUAGAAUUAUUUCUAAAAUGAAAAGAAUUUGUUAGUUGGAAGCCUAAAAGAACUUAGCUCACUAAAUAAUGCCAAAGAAUGAUAAUGAAACUGACAAUUGAGUAUGAAGUGUGCGGCGCGCCCCGGCGCGGCGCGGCGGACUAGCUCGUGUGCUGUGGAACUUCAACGAAGCAACCAUAUCAAGGAAAUGAACACACCUAUAAGAAUAGCAAAAUAUUGUAUUGUGUAUGUACAUAACUACCAUUGUCAUUAGAUUGUUCGCAAACUACACGUUUGUAGCUCGACUCCCUUUGUAGGUACUGAACUACUUUUUACGGAGUCGCUGUAGGACAUGAGAGUGCAAAUGAAAUGCAUAAUAUACAUUAAAUUAGUGCUACUAGAGUUAUAGUUAGUACAGACAAUGAAAUUUUAUUAGAUAAUAUUGCCCUCGGGCGUAAUUUUAAUGAUAAGUGAUACAACCCAUGAGGGUACAGAAUAUAUGACCAGACAUUAUAACACCACUUAAUUUAAGUAAUGCGUAGGUAUAUUCGUAGGUAGCUCGGAAUAGAAAUUCAAUAGUGAUUAUCAAAUAAUAUUAUGAAAAAUGCGUACAUCACCUACUUGCCUUUACAAUAGUUGUAGCUGAUUUGAAUUUUAUGCACAAUUAUAUUCUCAAUUUAAUAAAUAUUUUACGGAUAUUAAAGUUACCUGUAGUCUCCCUAAUUAAACUUUUUGAAUAUUAUUCUGGAGCAUAAGAUUUCCCAUUAUUGAUAGGAGACGACAAGCAAGUAGAAUGUAAAGCUUCGGCAUAGAGUAACGAUUGUAAAUAGUAACGCAUUACAUGAACUUAUUAUUACAUUUAUAUUCGCUAUGUUACAAUAUGUUUAUCCAAUAGCGUCUAAUGCGACUAACUGACGUAACACUACAUUACAGUGAUAAUGAUGAAAGUGAUCCCUUUAGCUUUGUAAAAAUUGUACAUUUCUUUUACGAUUAAUUUAUAUUAAAUUUGUUAUUGUAGCUUUGUUGAAUGCAAUUAUUUUUUAUUGUUUUGUUUAUGUAUCAAAGAGAAGUAUUUUAGGCUAAAUUCAAUUGUUAUUUAUUUUCGGAAGCUGUAAAAUGUGAUUUGGCACAAUUUCCUUUUAUAAAAUUGUAAUUAUUCUUGUAAAUAUUUUGUCCUAAAAUGAUGUUUGACUUUCGUUCUUUAACUUUUUUUAAAUUUUAUACCAUCUUUACGUUAAGACGAUCUCAAGUUUGUUGAAUGUUUGCAAAGCGUUCCUUUUAAAGUUUUAUUUGUAAAUAUAUCAUUUAAUGUAGGAACAGUGAAUUUACUAAUUUUACUGAAUAUUCUAAGUAGAGGAUAGGCGGCAGUAGCGGCGUGCGCCCGCGCCGAGUCCGCUUGCAAAACAUUUGUAUUCAAACAAUCUAUUCAUGUUCUUCGUGUAAUCAACUAUGA